AUUGACAACUCUGCCAUAACUGCAACUGAGACCCCAUCUGGCUCAACUGAGACUCCUUGUGGCAAAAGAUGUGCUGAAGCAGUACGACAAAUGCAGGCAAUGGUGAAUGAAAUGAGAGGCAUCAGACAAGAGAUUCUGGGCAUAAGAGCAGAGAUGCUGGUGAGAUCGGCAGCGCCCUCAGUGGAGCAGGCACGAAGGUGUCAACCGCCUAUUGCGGCCAAUACGGCCAAACCAUCAACACCAUUGGAUGUAACCAAUGAAGAUGAAUCUGCCUCAAAUGAUUCUGUGAUCAUCUCUCAAUCUGUGAAAUCGAGAUCUUCACGGACCUCGGCACAAAAAUUUGUGAAUGACCUCAUGCACGGGAUUUACUCAACGGAAUAUAUGGCGACACACAGCGUGUCGGGGUUAUCCUCAACGAAGGCAGCCAACGUCAAGGCGGCACUGCCUCGUGAGCAUGUCAUGGAAAUUAUUGCUGAAGCACGCAAGGUCUUCCCCGAGGCAGCGGAAGCUGACAUCAGGCGCUUCAUGAGGGAAAAAUUGUCGAAUGCAGCCAAAAUUCUGCGGCGUAAAGAGAAGUCUGACCGGACUUAAUGCUAUAUAUGGAGAUUUUAAUCAGAAUGUUAGCGAAAAGUUCGAUCUGUAAGUACUACAUUUAUAUAUCAACAGCUAAGCCAGUGAGUUCAACCAGGAUACAACAUGUACAUCUGUGAUAGUCUUGAUACUGCAACUGUACUUGAUAGAAUAUCAUGUUUAUGUUAAUGCACCAGUUCAUGUGUGGUUUGUCUUUUGUUUUAAAUAUUGCACGGUUGUGAAUAUAUUUGGUCAUAUAGGGAGGAACUUAUAAAUUCAUGUAGCUUAUCUUUUUUGUAGAAAAUGGAUAACCUUUGUGUCAUUGGUUGAGGUUAUAUGUAUUUUU